CAACACCUCCAAAAAAACAUGGCAUCAACCAGUGGUUCCGGCAAGUCCGCGACCCAGUACGACGUGUUCCUGAGCUUCAGAGGGCCCGACACUCGCAACAACUUCACCGACGUCCUCUACGGGACUAUGGUCCGCCAGGGGAUCGUUGCCUACAGAGACAGCGAAGAGCUCCACGCCGGUGACCGGAUCGACGAUCUCCUCAGAGCAGUCGGCAACUCCAAGAUCUGCAUACCGGUCUUCUCCAGAGGCUACGCUUCGAGCCCUUGGUGCCUCCGUGAGCUCGCUCGUAUGAUGGAGCUCUAUGAAUCGACCGGGAAGCCGGAGAUCCUACCCAUCUUCUUUGACGUCUCGGCCUCUGACGUCAAGCUCAAGACGGAACUGUACGUGAAGGACUUGGACAAGUACGAGCAGAGGGCCGGAGGCGACAGCAAGGAACGGUGGGAGGCGGCUCUGAGAAAAGCGGGUCAGAUCGUAGGAUGGGAAGUACAAGGGAAACCUUGAAAGACCUUGGAAGAGACAUAGUUCGGCAAGAAUGUUCUCGGAAUCCGACAGGGCACAAUAGGUUGUGGAAUGGUGAAGAAGCUUUGAAAGUAGUAAGGUCAAAAGAGGUAAAGUAAAA